GGUUCCGGCCGCCUCCCGAGUACCGUUUGGGCCAUGGCGGCAGGCGGGCGCGGCUGGUUCCGCUCCUUGGCCCUCGGCGUCUCCUUCAUCAAGUGCCUCCUCAUCCCCGCAUAUUUUUCCACAGAUUUUGAAGUACAUAGGAACUGGCUUGCCAUCACUCACAACUUGCCCCUCUCGCAGUGGUACUAUGAAGCAACUUCAGAAUGGACCCUGGAUUAUCCACCAUUUUUUGCUUGGUUUGAAUGUGCACUUUCACAUGUUGCCAAGUAUUUUGAUCCCAAGAUGUUAGUUAUCAAAAAUCUAAAUUACACCAGUCAGGCAACCAUCAUCUUCCAGAGGCUUUCUGUCAUCUUUACAGAUAUCCUUUUCAUCUAUGCAGUUCGUGAGUGCUGCAAAUGUGUGAAUGGGAAACGAGCUGCAAAGGAUAUCCUAGAAAAGCCAACAUUUAUUCUUGCUGUUCUGCUCUUGUGGAAUUUUGGGUUGUUAAUUGUGGAUCAUAUUCACUUCCAGUACAAUGGAUUUCUCUUUGGGCUGAUGCUUCUUUCUGUAGCCAGACUAUGUCAGAAAAGGUACUUGGAGGGUGCUCUUCUUUUUGCUGUUCUUCUGCAUUUCAAACACAUCUACAUUUACGUGGCCCCAGCAUAUGGCAUUUACUUGCUGAGAUCCUACUGUUUUACUGCAAAUAAUGCAGAUGGAUCCCUGAAGUGGAGGAGUUUCAGCUUUCUUCAUGUAACUCUUCUGGGACUGAUUGUCUGUCUUGUUUCUGCUCUUUCACUGGGGCCCUUCAUAGUCUUGGGCCAGUUGCCUCAAGUAAUUUCAAGGCUUUUUCCUUUCAAGAGAGGCCUCUGCCAUGCUUAUUGGGCCCCUAACUUCUGGGCUUUGUACAAUGCCAUGGAUAAAGCACUAACAAUUUUUGGUUUAAAGUGUAAUCUCCUUGAUCCCACAAAAAUUCCAAGAGCCUCCAUGACGGGGGGGCUGGUUCAAGAAUUUCAGCACACUGUUCUCCCCUCUGUGACUCCACUGGCAACAUUAAUCUGUACUUUCAUAUCUAUAUUGCCCUCUGUUUUCUGUCUUUGGUUUAAACCUCAAGGGCCCAGGGGCUUUCUUCAGUGCCUUGUCCUUUGUGCGUUGAGCUCCUUCAUGUUUGGCUGGCACGUCCAUGAAAAAGCAAUACUCCUUGCUAUCCUGCCUUUAAGCUUGCUGUCUGUUCAGAGAGCAAAGGAUGCUGGCAUCUACUUGAUACUGACAACCACAGGGCACUUCUCACUUUUUCCAUUGUUGUUCACACUACCAGAGCUUCCAAUUAAAAUACUUCUUAUGCUGCUGUUUACAGUUUACAGCUUCUCUUCAUUGAAAUCUCUAUUCAGGAGAGAGAGGCCUCUACUUAACUGGCUUGAAACAAUCUACCUCAUCCAACUGGUGCCUUUGGAAAUCUUCUGUGAAUUUGUCUUUCCUCUGACCCCCUGGCAACAGCACUUUCCUUUUGUCCCCCUCUUGCUGACCUCUGUGUACUGUGCCCUGGGUGUCACCUAUGCCUGGCUGAAACUCUAUGUCUCAGUCUUGACUGAAAGAAUCUCUGGGAGGCAAAAAACUGAGUAAAAACCCCAGUCUGGGGACCAGUCCCAGGGUUUGAGGGGACUUUUGGCCACUGGGAGGCUUUGUCACAAGGACAUACAACUCUUGGUCAAACCCUUGCCACAAGUGUAGUUUCUCUUCCAACACUCCUACAAUGAAGAUACCUCUGGUCAGAAGUGUCCCAGUAGCAGGGGGCACAGUAAGAUGGUUAAACUGUGGUUAAACUGUGAAGCUUCACAAGGUCCAGACUGAGGAAAACCUGCCCAUUAUUGUUUGUAUCUGAAUAAAAAUCACUGUGGCAAAGGACAAGGGAUCAUUGCUGUGUGGAAGGGGGUGUUGUAACAGCUCUCUGUGGAAUAUUUACAUUAAAAACUUGAUUUUUUUUUU